UCUUUUUUUCCUCUCUCUCUCUCUCAAAUUGAAAUAUAUUUACACCUUCGUAGUAGUAAAACCUUUAAACGUUCACUACAAGAGUGAGCAAAAAUGGGGAGAAAGAACAACAAAAGAAAAAAGGAAGAGAUUGCUGAAAGUUUUUGCUUUAUUUGCAAAGAUGGUGGUGACAUGAGAAUCUGUGAUUUUAGGAAUUGCCUUAAAACCUAUCAUGCUGAAUGCCUGGGGAAAGAUGAUUCCUUUUUGACAAAUGAUGAUAAUUGGUGUUGUGGUUCCCAUUAUUGUAACGGAUGCCAUGGAGCAUCGAAGUUUAUGUGCUUGUGCUGCCCAAUAGCUUUUUGUAGAAAAUGCUUCCAUGGUGCUGAAUUUGCUCUUGUCAAAAGAAACAGAGGAUUUUGUAGGCACUGCUCAAAACUUGCCUAUUUAAUUGAGAAAAAUGUUGAUGUCGAUUCUGAUGGGGAAAAGGUCGAUAUGAAAGAUCCAGAUACACAAGAAAGUUACUUUUUUGAUUAUUAUCAAAUUAUCAAGAAAAAAGAAGGGCUGAAUUCUCAGCAAGUUUAUUUUGCCCGUGAUACUAUUAUAAAUAGAAAAAACAAGUGUGAUCCAUAUGAAAUAGGUGAGGGGGAAGAUGAUACCGGUGAGUCUGAUGUCAGUAACUUCAUAGAUUCUGAUUAUGAUGACCUGGAUGAUACGGCAGGAGUUAAAUCGGUGAGGAGAAAGAAGAAUUGCAUAAAAAAGCUCAAAUUAUUAAAUCAAAAAGUAGAGAAAGACAAGAAAAAAGAUUUUGUUGGAUGGGGUUCAAGAAGUCUCGUAGAUUUUCUUAAAAAUAUUGGUGAAGACACGACCAAAGCUUUUUCCGAAAUUGAUGUUGCUUCAAUCAUCAGUAAGUACUGCCACAAAAACCAGCUUUUUGACCCCAAGAAAAAGAAGAAGGUAAUCUGUGAUGCAAAUUUAGAAACUUUACUGAGGCGGAAAUCAGUUAAUAAGAACAACAUACAAAAGCUUCUUGCAUCGCAUUUUGUAGAUAAUUUUGAAGAAACUGAUGGUAUUAUCAGUAGUUCAGAAGAAAGGGAUAAUGGUAAUGAGGCAUUCAAAUUUCCAAAGCAGAGAAAUUUGAAUUCAACUACAAAACCUUGUCAGAAUCUACUCUCUCAAGAGCAGCCAAGUGGAUUUGCAGCUAUAAUUAAUUCAAACAUAAAACUUGUCUACUUAAGGAGGACCUUGAUUGAUGAGCUUUUAAAGAAGCCAGAAACCUUUGAUGUCAAAGUGUUGGGAAGUUUUGUUAGAAUCAAAUCCGACCGAAAUGAUUAUUUACAGAAAAAUUCUCAUCUGCUCGUACAAGUAAUAGGAAUCAAAAGAUCAUCAAAGAAGGAGGAAAUCUACCAAGAAAUUCAGCUCCGGCUUUCUUAUGUGGCAGAAGAUGUACCUAUCAGCAAAAUUUCUGAUGAUGACUUUUCUGAGGAAGAAUGUCAAGAUCUGUAUCGCAGAAUGACAAAUGGUCUACUCAAAAAGCCGACUAUAAUGGAGCUUGAGCAGAAAGCCAGAACUCUGCAUGAAGAUAUGAUAAAGCAUUGGAUCUCAAGGGAGAGAGAAUUGUUACGAAAUCGUAUUGAUCGGGCUAAUGAAAAGGGAUGGAGGAGAGAACUUGCUCAGUACAUGGACCAAAAACAGAAGCUUGAGUCUCCGUCAGAACAAUCACAUUUAUUAAAUGAAAUUCCAAAAGUAAUUCCUGAAAUGAUUGAUACCAGUCUGUCACCAGAAAAUUCCUCAAAAAGAGAUAAGCUUGAGCACAAUGAUUUACCAGAAUUAGCCAUUGGUGAGACUUGUAACUCUGUUGGACAGUACUCCACACAUGAUGGUUUUGCUCAAUGUCUGGAUAAGAGAACAGAUGUUUUAGGUCCAAAAACUCCAGUGAAAAAUAAUCAAGAUGGUACAGCCUUUCCUGCCGCUACUGUUGAUCAAGUGUCUGUCCAUACUGUUUCCCAAGUCAAAGAAACUUCUCAAAACCUGAUUCAAGAUACCUCAAUAAGCCGAGAUGAUUUCAAGCAUGGACUCCUUCAAGAAUCAAGUAAUGCUAUAUAUGCUUCUGCUGAUGUAGAUUGCAGAAAUCUAGGUUCUAAUAUGGAUGCUGAUCAAACAGUAAAGGAAAGGAAAAGCGUUAUGGUUGCGGAUCCUGUCAAGGCGAUUGUCAAUGAUGUUAUUGUGUUAAGUGACAGUGAUGAAGAUGUGAAUAUUAGAGUUACUUCUUCAGCAGCAAGAAAGGGAGUGGAGAAUCCUGAUAUUUCCAUUUGGUAUUGUUCAGGUAUUCGUGGUAGUGAAACAAAAGGGCCUUUUCCAAUGUCUGUACUCAAACACUGGAGCGAAUUGGAUUCCACAUUUUCUCCCUUAGAUUUCAAGGUCUGGAAGACAGAUGAGAGUGAAAGAGAGGCAAUGCUUCUGAGGGAUGCACUUGGGCUCUUUUUCCCCCCAAAGGGAAAGUAAAUCAAUAUGAAGGGAAAUCACCUCUAUUGAGUACAUCACAUCAGUGUUGAUAGUUAGUAGAGUUAUAUACUUUUGUUCUCUACAAAUAGCUGCUUGUUUCAAAUGCUGCUAAUGAAAAAGUACUUUAUCCUUGACAAUGUGACUGAUGGAAAAAUUAGCCAUCAUAAUAUA